CCGCUGCAGUUCAACGUGUUCGACGUAGAACUCACGUGUGAGAGAGUUUACUGCGGUUUAAACGGUGAAUUAUCGCUUCAUUUUGGUAGUAAAAUAAUAUAAUUAAUUCCGACGCGGCGUUGGAAUAAUCCAGGAAAGUAGAGGGAACUUCUGCAGGGUCGGUGAUGGGCAGGAAAUUUGACCCCACCAACAAGGUGAAGCGUGGACCUGGAAGAAAGGCCAGGAAACAGAAAGGGGCAGAGACAGAGUUGGCCAAAUUUCUGGUGGAUGAGGAUGGGCCUAAAAAACUCUCCAGCAGAGCAAGAAAACGUGCUUUGAAGAGAGUCCAAGUUGCUCUGACACCCAAGGAGGAAAUACAGCCUAAGAAAGGUUUUUCUGAUGAAAAUAGCGAAUGGCUAACACCAGCAAAGCGAAAACGUAAAAUCAACCAAUCAGAAGGGGACGAGGAUAGUGACAGUGAGUGGGAGCAAGAGGAAGAUGUUGUGGAGGACCUGGAAGAAGGAGAAAAAGAAGAGGUAGAGGCAAGUGAUGAUGGUGACGAAGAUGAUGACGAUGAAAUGGUUGAUGACUAUGGAGCAAUGGAGGACAGCAGUGAAGGAGAGGAAGAGGGAGCAGACAGUGAUGGAGAGGAGCUACUGCCUAUUGAACGAGCUGCCAGAAAACAGAAAAAACGCCAAAAAGCCACAGCACAAGAGAGUGAGGAGGAGGAGGAUGAGGACAGUGAAGAUGAAAAAAUGAUUGUCAAAGAGGGGGAUGAGGAGCAGGAAGAUGAGGACACGGUGCAGGUGAAUUUGGAUGGGGUGGACAGAUUUAAACUCCCUGCUGCAGCAGAAAGAGAGAAGGAGGGACUCUUACCUGUAGACCUGCAGAGCAUCCACCAGAGGAUCAAAGACAAUGUGGAUGUGCUGUCACACUUCAGUGAGAAAAGAGAGGAGGGGAAAGAGAGAACAGAGUAUGUUUCCCUGCUGAAGGCUGACCUGUGCACCUACUACAGCUACAAUGCAUUCCUUAUGGGUAAACUCAUGGAUCUGUUCCCACACUCUGAGCUUGUCGAUUAUCUGGAGGCCAACGAAAUCCAGAGGCCUGUCACCAUUAGGACCAAUACCCUUAAAACCAGGAGAAGAGACUUGGCUCAGGCUUUGAUCAAUAGGGGUGUAAAUCUAGAUCCUCUGGGGAAGUGGUCUAAAGUGGGCCUGGUCAUCUUUGACUCUUCUGUUCCUAUAGGUGCAACUCCUGAAUAUUUAGCUGGCCACUACAUGCUGCAGGGAGCUUCCUCACUGCUGCCUGUAAUGGCGUUGUCUCCCCAGGAGGGGGAGACCGUGCUGGACAUGAGUUCAGCUCCAGGAGGCAAGACCACUUAUAUGGCCCAGUUGAUGAGAAACACAGGUGUAAUAGUCGCAAAUGAUGCCAGUACAGACAGACUGAAGAGUGUUGUAGGGAAUAUCCAUCGACUGGGAGUCAUCAACACCAUCAUCUGUAACUACGACGGCAGACAGUUCCCCAAGGUUAUGGGAGGUUUUGACAGGGUGCUGUUGGAUGCUCCUUGCUCUGGCACAGGGGUCAUCUCCAAAGACCCAGCAGUAAAAACUAGCAAGGAUGAGACAGAUAUUCUGCGCUCAGCUCAUCUACAAAAGGAGCUUAUUCUGGCUGCCAUUGACUCUGUCAACGCUGACUCACACACUGGCGGCUACCUCGUCUACAGCACCUGUUCCGUUAUGGCGGAGGAAAAUGAGUGGGUGGUGGACUAUGCCUUAAAGAAGAGAAACGUUAAACUGGUUCCCACAGGAUUGGACUUUGGCAAAGAGGGCUUCACCAGAUUUAAAGAGCGACGAUUCCAUCCUUCACUCAAGCUUACUCGGAGGUUCUACCCACACUCUCACAACAUGGAUGGCUUUUUUGUGGCAAAGCUGAAGAAGUUUUCUAACAUCAUCCCCACUGCACCUGCAGAUAGUGAAGAGAAAGAGCAGCCUGCUGAAGCAGACACUUCUGUUACAUCAGAGGAGACAAACACAAAACCAGCAAAUAUCAAAACUAAGCAACAGAAUAAAAUUAUGCCUCAGGGAAAAGCAACAGAGACCAAGCAAAGAUCAAAGACUACCAGCAACAGCGAAACAGAAAAACCCAUUUCCCAGAGCAAGCCAGAAGUAAAAAGUAAACAGAUAAAAGCUGAUGGCCCCAAGAAGAAAUUGGUCAAAAUGGAUGAAGACGAUUCCAAGGAGGAUGGCAAAACCAAGAAAAAACUCCAAAUCCUAAAAGUGGAUGGAGAGACAACAAAAAAGUCUAUAACAGAGAAAAAGGAGAAGAGCCUCCUGAAGAAAACGAUCAAAAAGAAGAGGAAGAACCUCUUGCAAAAAAGUAGAAUGGGAAAAAACAAAUUUAUGACCUUAAAAAAGAUGCUGAGGAAACAGGAUGCUGGACAAUAGAAUUAGUCACAUUACCUCAGAACACAUAUGACAGCAGCUCUCUCUUGCUCUCAAACCUGCAUGAUCCUGGUGAGGGCAGGGGGAUGGCAGAUACUCUCCAGUUAACCUCUAGUGUCUUUCAGCCUUUUGGACACUUGCAAAGACUGUCCAUAUGCCUCAGAAUGAACUAAACUCUGGACUUUCACCAUAUAUGUUCAGAUCAAACAAAGUAUAUUGUGAAGGACAGUAUGUAAAUACAAAUUUAGUAUUUUUCUAUAAGGGUGGGCGAUAUGACACAAAUGUUCUAUCGUAAUACAGACAUUUUCACGGUACGUCAUAUACCUCAUAAUAUUUUGUUUUUCCGACAUUUGAUAAGUUGGACUGCACAAAAUAUUGCCUGUCAUGCUUCAUAAACUCUUAGUAGUUAUAAACCUAUAACUAUAAUGAUUUUUACCAUCUAGACUGCACUAAAUCCAAUAAACCAGGCGCACUUUGUAACAAAACAUGUAGGCAGUAAAUGUUGAGGUACUGACGAUAUCAAUAUCUUCAGAAAACCAUUUUUUGUGAAAUAAUUUAUCAUGAUGAUAAAUAAAAUAUUGUCAUAUUGCCCACCCCAAUUUUUCUGUAUGGAUCUGGAUCUGAAUGUUUGUUCUGCCACACUUUACAGAAUGGAUGUGGAAAAACGCCUGCAGUUUCAAAUGUUUUCUCGUGGUUUAUGUUGUCCCUGAUGUUAUUACAGUGGCAAAAUAAAGUUUGGUGCAAAAGUA